UGAGAGAACGCAAAGGAGAUUGAAAUCCAGCUAAAAAUGGCGGAAAUCUAUGAUAAUCACGCCAAAACCGGUGGUUUUAGGGUUUCAAUGUGCGGUGGCGCUAAAGAACUAGAACAGAUGUCUAGAGACGGCAGUCAAUACAGUCUCACCACCGCAAUCUUACCUUCACUCGGUGCUCGCAGCAACCGCCGUGUUCAGCUUCGAAAUUUCAUCAUCUCUCCUUACGAUCGCCGUUACAGGGCAUGGGAGACAUAUCUAGUGGUUUUGGUUCUUUAUACUGCUUGGGCAUCUCCAUUUGAAUUCGGAUAUCUUAAAAGGCCAAGAAAACCUCUGUCAAUCAUUGAUAAUGUCGUGAAUGGGUUUUUCGCCAUUGAUAUUAUUCUCACUUUCUUCUUAGCUUACCUUGAUAAAAGCACCUAUCUUCUAGUAGACAACAGAAAGCAGAUUGCAUGGAAAUACACAAGCACUUGGUUGGCAUUUGAUGUGAUUUCCACAAUUCCUUCUGAACUUGUUCGAAAGAUGUCCACUGGUUCUUUUCAAACCUAUGGAUUAUUCAAUAUGUGUAGACUCUGGAGACUUCGUAGAGUUAGUGCUCUGUUUGCUAGAUUGGAGAAAGAUAGGAACUUCAACUAUUUCUGGGUCCGAUGUGCCAAGCUUAUUGCUGUUACACUUUUUGCUGUACAUUGUGCGGGGUGUUUUUACUAUUACCUUGCUGCUCAUUACCCAAAUCCAGGAAAAACAUGGAUAGGAUAUGGAAAUGAAGGUUUUCAAAAGGAGAGUUUAUGGAUCCGAUAUGUGACAUCCAUGUAUUGGUCAAUCACAACUUUGACCACUGUCGGAUAUGGUGAUUUACAUGCCCAAAAUAGAAGAGAAAUGGUAUUUGUCAUAUGUUACAUGCUUUUCAACCUCGGAAUGACAUCAUAUUUAAUAGGAAACAUGACCAAUUUGGUUGUCCAUGGGACUAGUAAAACCAGACAAUUUAGAGAUACGAUUCAAGCAGCUUCAAGUUUUGCACAAAGAAACCAGUUGCCUUCUCGUUUGCAAGAUCAGAUGCUUGCGCAUUUGUGUUUGAAAUUUAGAACGGAUUCAGAGGGGCUUCAACAACAAGAGAGCCUUGAUUCGCUUCCAAAAGCUAUUCGAUCCAGUAUUUCUCAUUUUCUUUUUUAUUCGCUUUUGGAUAAAGCGUAUUUGUUUCGUGGUGUUUCCAAUGACUUGCUUUUUCAACUGGUAUCGGAGAUGAAAGCCGAGUAUUUUCCACCAAAGGAAGAUGUCAUUUUGCAAAAUGAAGCCCCGACCGAUUUUUAUGUUCUUGUUACAGGAGCAGUAGAACUGGUGGUUACAAAAAAUGCAGUUGAACAUAUUGUUGGAGAAGCUAAAACCGGUGAUCUUUGUGGUGAAAUCGGUGUCCUUUGUUACAGACCUCAACUUUUUACAGUUCGCACAAAACGGUUAAGCCAGUUACUCCGGUUAAACCGCGCUACAUUUUUACACAUCAUUCAAUCAAACGUUGGCGACGGCACCAUUAUCAUGAACAAUCUCCUCAAGCAUUUAAAAGAUAUGGAUGAUCCGGUUAUGGAGGAAGUUUUAAUGGAGACAGAGAACAUGUUGGCACGUGGGAGGAUGGAUUUGCCUUUGAGUCUAUGUUUUGCUACACUUAGAGGAGAUGAACAUUUACUAUUAAAAUUGUUGAAGAGAGGCCUUGAUCCUAAUGAGUCUGACAACAAUGGAAGAACUGCCUUGCACAUAGCGGCAUCUAAAGGAAAUGUCAAUUGUGUACUUCUACUGCUAGAGUAUGGAGCGGAUCCCAAUAGCAGAGAUUCAGAAGGUAAUGUUCCAAUGUGGGAAUCCAUACUGAACAACCAUGAACCAGUCACCGGAAUCCUAAAAGACAAUAACGGCACUCUAGUAUCCGGCGACAUCGGACAGUUUGCGUGCAUAGCCGCCGAACAAAACAAACUCGAUAUCCUUAAAAAAAUCAUUAGUCUUGGAGGAGACAUUACGCUUCCCAAAUCCAACGGUUCAACCGCCCUCCACGUGGCGGUUUGUGAAGGCAACAUUGAAAUGGUCAAGUUUUUGUUAAUACAAGGAGCUGAUGUUGAUAAGCCAGACGACCAUGGGUGGACCCCACGAGACUUAGCAGACCAACAGGGCCACCUUGAGAUAAAAAAGUUUUUCUUAUCGGUUAAGUCAAUCGACGACUACUCUCAAUUGACCAAAACCACAUCUCUCAUGCCCUUUCAAAGAGCCGAGUCACGACAUGUUCAGUUUAUCGGACGGUUUAAAUCCGAUCCUUCUUUGAUCAGACCCAUGUCUCAGUCUCAAUCACAGUCCCAGUCUCAGUCCAAGAACAACAACAGGGACGAGGGUAAUGUGAGUCAACCUAGGCAAAGACGGAGGGGGUAUACCUUUCAUAAUUCUCUUUUUGGGAUCAUGGCGAAUCCACAUGAGAAUAAUAUCGACUUGGUGUCGGUUUCAUCGAAGCCACAAACUGUGAAAGAAAGCCCUAGACGAGUGAUCGUUAGUUGUCCUGAAAAAGGGGAUGCUCAAGGGAAGCUUGUGCUUUUACCACAAAGCUUCGAGGGAUUACUUGAUAUUGGUGUUAAAAAAUUCGGUUUCAUGCCAUUGAAAGUUUUGAAUAAAGACAGGGCGGAAAUUGACGAAAUCGAGCUGAUUCGAGACGGCGAUCAUUUGGUUUUUGUUGGCGAUGAUUGUCAAGAGGUAGAUGGUGAAAACUUAAGAUGACACCAUUAGCGCCUUGUUUUUCUACUUUGGUAAAUGUUAAAACCAAAGAAAUGAAAAUAUAAAAGUAUAUAUAUCAAAUCUUCCAUAAAGUGAAAAAAUAUAUAUAUACUUGAAGCACUAUUCAUGUUUUUA